UGUGUACAUCAUGGCGGCCAAAAUGAAACAAUGUCGGUACAUGUCUGACAGAAUAAUGUUUUUUGAGAUUUUUUGUUUCCUUUUCCAUGUAUCUAUAGUUUUUGCAGCGACAACAACAGAACCACCAGCAAACGUUACUAACGCAACUAUACCUGCAACUACCACGGUCGCGCCUAUCACUACUACAGCGGCCGUGGUUCCCAACCAAGCUAGAACUGUCAUUGGGGAAACUGUGCUUGGACAGUGCCUAUGUGAUUUGACUGGUAACAAAUGUGAUAUCAACUGUUGCUGCGACGACAACUGUACACCUGAUGACAGAAAGGCUUUUGUUUGCGAUCCAGUUUCAGUCAUUAUUGAUGACAAGCUUUGUUACCAAGAGAACAUCUUUGUUUUUUCUAACUCACCGGCAAAUACUACCUCAGAUGGGGGUCUCUUUUGUAUUUACUUUGACAACUAUUACAAGUCUUAUAUUGACCUGCUGACUUCUAAAAUAAAGUAUUCGAAACGCAACUUCUAUCUGGACCCAGAUUUUAUUCUGGACAUCCCUUCCUUCAACUCAUAUGUAAACAGAUAUGCUAAAACAAGCAUUCAAGGGCCCAUAACUGUGGUGGAACCAACCUAUGACUUGAACAGUUUCUAUAAGGCCGGGGAUCCGGUCUACAUCGUGUUCCCAAAUCAAGCUCGUGGCGAAUUUGUCCUCCCGAAAUCGUUGACUUCGAGUGUUUGCUCAGACCAGAAUGCAUUGCCCUACUUACAAGCAAUAACCAGUCAGUGUACCCGUAUUGUGAACUCUCUCACUGCUAACACCUGUACUCAGACUGCCUCACUUAGUGCAGCCAGCUACCAUGAUGGGUUCCGGGUUGUUAUGACUCCAGGCCUGUUUGGCUACGUUGUGAAUGGAACCUUCAUUGGUAUAUCUACCACUGCUGCGCCUGUGACCACGGUAGCCACCACAACUCCCAGCAAUGAAACAACAACCACACCGCCAACAACCACCCCUGCACCACCGACCACAGUGAAUCCAAACCUCAUUCAGACCCUGUACAACAACCCAUACACGUUGCAGAUCAAUGCCACGGCCCGACCCCACCUCUGUCAGCUGAGCGAUGGCAGCCUCGUGACCUGCAACUUCACCGCACCUCGCACCCCAGCAUUCAAUGCUAGCACCAGUACAUGCAACAACGUGGUGCAGGAGGUGCGAUAUUUCAUCACGACCAUUGGAACGUUUGGCAUCUCUGCUGUCCAGGCCCAGUUUGUAUUCAGAGACGUCACGCAAAACAACUUUCCUCUGACCCAGACGUACAGUGUGGCCUACACUACAUUGUCUGACACUACUCCUCUGGCUAGGAGUGGUAACCCAGGAUAUGUGAUUGGCAAGCCAAUACGCUAUGGAACCCUCAAUGAAACUACAGGGCUUGAUGGCGCCAAGAAUCAGGAGAUUUUGGAGUCCUCAGUAGAAGAGGGCCUGACAAUUGUGCGUGCCUCAGUCACUGGAAUGUGUGAGACAAGCACUGCGUCCAGGAUACCUCUGAGAUUUGGGGAAAACAUGAGGACAGGCUGUUUCAUCAGGCUGAACUUGACGUCCAUCAACCAGCAGAUAUGUCAGAACAUUCAGGAGUUGAUUGUUCAAACCCUGGAGGGUGUGAAUGCCCGCGGGCCCAACCGCUAUGUGGCCACAUUUGGUAACACCAACACUAACAAGACGGGAGACUGGGUCCGCAUCAUAGAGAGCAACCGACCUGCACCCACAGAGGCCAAUGGAGUGGAUGGUACCAGCUGUCGUCUGAAGAUGGGGCUGCAUAUCCAGGUGCUGUAUGCCAAUGUGGGAGCCCUGGCCCUCCCCCAGCGCAAGAUCAUAGGCCUUGCUCUACAGUAUGACGCAGCCAGGGACAUCGCCUUUGUGUGUACUGGUGCCUUCUGCCAAGAUGGUGUGGGUCUCACACAGAAGUUUGAGGUCAGUCAGACGGUCUCAUACGUGGAUGCCUCACAGCCUGCCACAGGAGCCCAGGGGGAAGCUCCCAUAUUCGUUGCCAAAGUCCCCAACGACUUUUUCUACCCAUUUUUGUUCUACACGUCCAACAGGGGAGUUUCUACGCAGCAUGCGCAAACCUUCAGCAGCUCAUCACUAGUUUUAAGUCUCUUGACAGUGGUGUUUUGUAAACUGUUCUUGAAGACAUUAUAAGGUUUGUUGAUAUUAGAGUCUACUUUAUUGUGAUAUUUUUAUCUUUGCUGUGAGUUAAAAUGUGGGCCCUAGAAUGAACUUUCUUCAUGUAAUAUGUUUUGUCAGGUUUUCAGUUACUUUUAUGCGAGUUUAGAGAUUGCGUGAAUCUUAUAUGUAUUUGUUAUUGUUCUUGUAAUUGUAUUACAAUUAUAUUAUUGCAUAGACGGUUGUGCAUUUGGUAUAAAGACAGGAUUAGAAUUCAGGAAUGAAAAUAUGGUUUUUAUCUCAUUUUUUUAACGACACAACUGUUUGACUAUUGUUGUUUGAACUGCUGUUUCCAUUGACAGUUGAAUCUCUACUUCAGCUUGUAGUUACAAAAACAUUCCUUACAUUCAUAAGAUUAUUUUUGCAAUCUCAGAUUAUAGGUUUUUUGCAUUUAAAUGUCUUAAGCAAGUUUAUAUUUCUUAAAUGAUCAACACUGUAUCUUUAGGAAAACACAAAACAUGAGAUUUCAGAUAGAAAACUCAAAUCUCAAAUGUUAUCCACAAGUGCAACCAAAGUUAAAAUAUCAGUUAAAAGCUUGGUGAACAAGGGGUCUGGUGAUAACAUGCCCCUGAAAAUUAUAUCAAACACCAGUUAAGUACGUUAGAUGUCAUAUUAUUUAUUAUAUUUCACUAGUACUUUUGAAGAUGUGCACAACUUAAUAUCCAUCUUGAACUGCUUUGUGGUGAUGCUGGUAUUUACUAAUAUCAAAAUAUCACUAAAACAGAGUUUUAAAUUCGACAAAAGUUAUUUAUCACCAUCUUAGCAAUAUUUAUUUGUUUUCAAAAAUUAGUGACCAAAAUGUGCGUGUGCCAGUGCUCAUCUGCAUGGAUUAUCGUCUUGAAAAAUAAGAAACAUAUAUUUUCCGUCCAUGAGUUUGCAUGUUAUGUCAUUAUUUAUUAAACAAAAACUGAAACAUUUGCAUUAUUAAACUUGUAUGUUUAUUUGUAUAUAUAUUAAUGACAUUUAAUAAAUAAAUUAAGCAAAAAAAUAA